GAGGGCUGCAUAUGUGACGUGACCUGAGGCUCAGUAGUACCACACGUCACAAUGCAGGUAUAUUGGUGUAUACCUCUUACCUCCUAGCCCCUUUCAUUCCAACUUGUGUAAUUGUCCUGAUAAGUACAGUAGCCUAAUGUAGAUGUUAUACACCACUGUGCCAAAUGGAUGAGGUAACCGAUGAGGAGUCUGAUGAUGACUCUUACAAUUUGAGGAAACCUAAAGGAACGAAACUGACUGUUGCUGAGGGUGAUUCGGCAUGCUACAAUAGGGCACAUUUGGGAGAGACGCUAUACCAGGAGUCUCCCGGAUUUGAGCUAUCCGAUCCAAAUAUGCACCUGAUUGAUGGCACCUACAACUGCCUCCAUGAUGUCCAUUUAAGGACAUUUUUCAAAAAGCCAGAAAGAAAAAAAAAAGCUUCUACAGAAUGGCUUAAUUACUACUGAAGAGAAGGUUAGUGACUGUAAAGACUGUCCAUUGGUACUCAAAUGAAAUAUAAUGGCAAAUGUUGGUUCAAAAGAUGUCUUUUAGACGGUUGGUUAAAAAUGUAAAGAAUACAUUAGUGUUUACUUGUUUGCUAGGGUGCUGCUAUGGUAGUUGAAAUGCUUGUUAUGGUGGUUGCUAGAAGUUUGCCAUAACACUCAUAAUGAGAACUAGGAUACUAAAGUAACCGGUUACUAUGGUAAUUGCCGUGGCGAUUGCCAAGGCAUUGUUAUACUAGUCAAGCUGCUUGCUAAGGUUUUGCUAUCAUAUCAUAUAUGACAUCAUAGUUUAGGUGGUUGCCAAGGUGUUGCUAUGGUAGUGUAGGGGGUUGCUUGGGUUUUGCUAUAAUAGUCAAGCUGGGAACUAGGGUGUUGAUAUGGUUGUUUAGGUAAUUGACAGUGUUUUGUUUUGGUAGAGGUAGUUGACAGAUUGGUGAUAUGGUACUUGUGAUGGUUAGGUGUUGGGAUGGUAGUUGGUGUGGUUGCUAGGGCAUUGCUAUAGCAGUCAAGCUGGUUAACAGCGUGUUACUAAGGAAGUAUAAUUGAUUACUGU